GUGACUGGGGGCUGUGGGAUUGGAUCGGGGUUUUAGGGGCCAGACUGGGAAGCUGGGGACUCAGUUCCCAGGUGAGGCCCUGUCCUUGUAACCUUGAGCAAUGUGCUCCUCUCAGACUGCCCCGGUAAACCACCUGCUGUACCGUUGCAAGCGAGAAGUUGUUUUCAGACGACUCGCCUAGUAAAAUCCGCAGUCGGGCGAGUCCAGGGACCCUGUUUAAUUGUUGUCUGUGCUGUAAUGGAGCUGCCCCGCCGCUGUCCCACCGGCCUGUUCACCUGUCCUGUUGUCCGCGCUGCACAGAGCGCAGGAAGUCCCGGAAACAUGGAGAGCUCCGCCAACGAGGAGUACAAAAUCCAGUCCUUCGACAACGAGACGCAGCAGCUGCUCAAGACGGCUCUGAAAGAGCCGAGCGGAGUGGAUCUGGAGAAGGUGGCCAACGUGAUCGUGGACCAGUCGCUGAAGGACCAGCUGUUCAGUAAAGAGGCAGGCCGGAUCUGCUACACUAUAGUCCAGGCAGAAGCCAAGCAGAGCAACUCCAGCGCCUUCCGGCGGAGUCUCCUGAACCGCCUGCAGCAGGAAUUCAAGCGCCGGGAGGAGAUCCGGAGCCGCUCCACCCAGGAGUGGGUCUGCUACGUCACCUUCAUCUGCAACGUCUUCGACUACCUCAAGGUGAAUAACAUGCCAAUGAUGGCUCUGGUGAACCCCGUGUACGACUGCCUGUUCAGGCUGGCCCAGCCGGACUCUCUGCAGAACGAGGAGGAGGUCGACUGCCUGGUGCUGCAGCUGCACCGCAUCGGGGAGCAGCUGGAGAAGAUGCGCGCGGAGCGCAUGGACGAGCUCUUCUUCCUGCUGCGGGACGGCUUCCUGCUGCAGGAGGGGCUGAGCUCGCUGGGCCGCCUGCUGCUGCUGGAGAUCCUGGAGUUCAGGGCGGGGGGCUGGUCCCUCAGCGGCACGGCGCAGAAGUACUACUACAGCGAGGUGACCGACUGAGGGGGGCCGGGGGGCGGAGGAUGUGGGGACCCCACGACUGAGGAUGGGGACUGGGAAACCUAGACCUCAGUGCAGGCACGGACCUGCACGAAUGAAUAGCCGCUCCCAAAAAGCAUUUGGAACAGUUUGUUGGUUGAAUAAAAUAAUGACAGCGAUCAAAUGUGUGCAUUGGAUUGACGUUCGCUUGAAACACUGCCUGGAUUUUGAAAAUAGGUUUAGUUAGAAAAGGCCCUCAGAACAAAAAUUUGUCCAAUUGCCAGCUGACAGCAAUGGCUGGUCUGUGUUCCUCAUUGACCCUAGUGAUCGCUGGGCGCGGUGUUCGGCUCUGUGCCGCACAAAGCCUUGACCACGUUUCACCGCACGGCUAGCAGGGCGAGAAAGGUGCUUUUAAAUUAAAGUGAAGCAGUUUUGAACACGUUGGUUAUCAUGGUUUUGCUGCCUUUUUUUUCCCCAAGGGUUUGAAAGAUGGUGUCUCAAGGGUCUACGCUGUUCUUCACUGGCAGAGUUUGCUCUUGACUUCUCUAAGGUGGUGAAUUGAAUUCAGAUAGUGUAAGUCUGGUACUGGAGACGGUUCAUUUAGGUUUCUGAAGGCUGUAGAGUUGAGAACGUGUGUAAGUGAUACAGAAUGCAGAUAGAUCAUAGGUCGAUGAAUAAGUAGCAGACAUACAAGCCCUUUUUCUGCUGCCUUUAGUUACAGAGUUAUGAUUGUUUUGGGGGGGUCAGUGUCAUUUUUUCCCAGCUCUUUAAUACUCCAAGAGUACUAAACUUAUUUUAGCUUAGAGGGAAGAUCCUGCAAGGCUGCAGUAAUCCAAAAACGAAAUCACUCAUCUGCUUUCGGCAAUCUACAUAUGCCUUAAAGUUGAUUUUUUUAACCUAGAAGCUUAUUUCAACAAGUUCAGUAACAUCACCCCCUCUGCCUAGUCAACACUCUCAGUGAUGAGGUUAUUUAGGGUUAAUGCAGCAGUCACAGCCAUUCGGUCAGUUAAUCCAAAUAAUGCCCAAACCAUCCAAAUCCAUAUAUGUUAUCUAAAAACAUUUAGAAUUACAUGUAUAAUUCACCAUAGAAUCUGGGAUCCAUAAACUGUCAUGAUUUAACAAUUACCUGAAUAAAAAGAAAUACAAAUGCUGAAAUCCCCCUUCACAUCACCUAUAGAUUGCAUUUACCUGCAUUCAUUUAUAAGUUUGUUUACUUAGAAACAAAGCAUUCAUAAAUUACGUGAGUGUGCCAGAAACAUCAGUGCCAUUGGUUGGGGAGCUCCUGUUCCCUGCUGACAGAGGUGUUUCUGACCUGAAAUGAAUCUAGACAUCGCAAAUUGACACUCCAAACAGGAUUGUGCGUUUCAAACUUGUGCUAUCAGCUCCUUUUUAGGAUUUCACCACAUAAUUGUAUAUUUUGUUGAAGGCAGUUCUUACAAGGGCUUGUGAACCCAUUCUGGUGCUAAUUCUGAAAUGUAUGUUGUUGUCGUGUAAUAUAUGUAUUGCUAAGAAAAAUAAUUUUAUAAGCUUGACUUUCUUAUAAAGCCAAAGGCUAGUCUACACAAUCCUAUCAGGAAGAUGGCUCCCUGCUGGUGUUAAUGUACAGUAUUACAA